ACGCUCAAAACCGUCCCUCAUUACCCUGUUUGAUGGAUGUCUAAUAUCCCAUUUCUUCUGGGUAGGACUGGGAGGAUAUAUUGCCAGGAGUCCUACAUAGCUUCAGAACUGUACUGUCAUCUGUCACAUCAGUUGCCUGUAGAGCUUUGGAAAACUUCAGCAUUAAGCACAACCUGCCACUUCAAUCAUUAAGCUCUAACAGUUUGACAAAUACUAGCAAUUAAUGCAAUGAAUUGUCUGAGGUGCAGCACUCCAUCACCUCACUGAAGAAUUGAACAGUAACUGGCAGUAAAGGGAACAGUGAAACAAGUUGUUUGAACAGCACAUUUCCCAUGAUUAAGAUGAAGAAUCCUUUUUAUGCAAAGAUUCCUAAUUAAAUUUUAUAAUAAAUUACAUAUAAAUCUAUUCUUCUUUUGAAUAAGAAUAGUGAAGAAUGUAAAGUGAUAAUUUAUUUGGCAGUAAACUGAAAUUCAAAUAUUUAAGGUGGUAAAAAGUUUGAGUUUUUUCUCAUUGUACGUUAUAACUACCAGAUAAAAAUAAUAAAUUAGGUAGUUCACAGUCCUUAUAUUUGCAUCCCAAACUAUUAUAAUGUGUGGAAGAACUGCCUGCACACUUGGACCUGAGGAAUGGUGUGCAGCAUGCCAAAAAGAAGGAGUGGACGUUGCCUGGAGGGAUGCAAGCAACUCUAAACAAAUAUAUUCUCCCAACUACAACCUCACGCCAACUAUGAACUCUCCUGUAAUUGUCAAUGGUGCACUAAUUCAAAGCAUGACAGAUGAAAAGCAGUUCAUGGACUAUGUUAUUCAGCCAAUGAUGUGGAACCUUGUACCCCAUUUCUAUAAGGGUAGCACUCCAAAAAAUCAUGGAUACAAAACCAAUAACGCUCGUGUGGAAAGCAUCCUCGAGAAACCAAUGUUUUCUCAGGUUAUGAAAAAGGGUCAAAGAUGUGUGGUGCUCUGUGAUGGAUUUUAUGAAUGGCAGACGAAAAACGGAAACAAGACACCCUACUUCAUUUACUCUCCUCAACCUGAAAACGUUAAGGUUUGGGACCAUACUUCGUGGGGACUGGCUGAAGACCAUUCAACAGAACCGGGGGUGAAAACUCCAUGGCAAGGCUUGCGGCCUCUCAUGCUUGCUGGUCUCUUCUCAUGCUGGCACUCUCCUGAGGGCGAAGAAGUGUGGAGCUACACUGUACUCACAACAGAAGCUGGCAAAAGUUUCAAUUGGCUACACCACAGAGUCCCAGUUGUGUUACCAGACUCCGACUCUGUGAAGACAUGGCUCGAUCCUUCCAUCGAGCCCGCAAUUGCCCUGAAGUUAGUGUGCAGUGAUCCUGUUCUCAAGUGGCACAAAGUCUCCAGUCUUGUCAACAACUCCCGCAACAACUCCAAGCAGUGCCUGGCUCCUUUUGAGCAAAAGAAUUCGAGCAGCGGCCCAGGUAACCCCAUCAUGGCGCUGUGGCUCAAGAAGGCUGCCACUACCACCAGCCAGGGUGACGAGCUGCAAGGCAGCGCUGCCAAAAGAGAGGCUCGCUCCGAUGACGAUGAAGUAGAGGACACAUCGCAAUCAGAGAAAAAAUUCAAAACUUAGUGCUUUUAAUUGAUUGUUGGUAUCAGGCCGGACAUUUUCCAUGCCAAAAUGAAACUGAACAAUCUGACCUUCAAAACUUAUUUCUACUCAGGUCUUGUGUACAUUUCAAUCGAUUUUCAUCUAAUGGAACAUUUAUUUCCACAUCCGGUCUUCAUUUGACGUGUUUAUUACUAAUUCUAAAACAUGUUGAUCUGAGUGACCCUUGUCUACAAAUGGUCAAUUCAUUGUUUCACAUACAUUAUUUUGUAUGUGAAACAAGAAACAAUUUUUUGUACAAAAUAAACAAAAUUUGUGCAAAAUAAUACACAAGUUUUGUUCAUUUCAAGUUCGUUUUUUAUUUGGUUAGAUAAAACUUAUGGUUUUUCGACCAACGACUUUCACUGCUCAUUCAGCUUUCAUUUGAAACUACGCUUAAUCUAUCAUUAAACGUGUUUUAAAAUAUACGUUUUAAUGGACAAGUGGAUUAAUGCGCAAUGAAAUACGUUCGGAGUAGGAGCUUUGAUUAAAAUUUAUCAUUCCUGUUAACAAUAUGUGCGGCAAAGUGUUCAGUGUAAAUGGCACGUCUCUGAUUUUCUGCUGGUGCCCAUGCCAUGUUGAAUAAUUCAUUUAUCGUGUCAUUCCAUAAUGCAGAGGCUCCUCCGUUUAAGAUUUUCCGUAGCUGAUAUUUGACCUAGAGUUUUGUUAAAAAUUUUGCUUGUGAAAGGAGUUUGAAAAUUUAGGAAUGAGAGAAAGUAAAUUAACGUACUGCUCGUAUAGUUGAGCGGUUCCGAUAGUUAGCUUAGCACAAGUUACGAGGGUUAAAUUGAACUUCUUUGUUAUUCUACGUCCAAGAAAGAGGCAUUGAAGCGACGUGGAUAAUUUUUCGUUUGAACAUUUUGUUUUCUGCUGAUGUAAAAUGUGUUAAUUUCUUUAUCGAAUAUUUCCUAGGAACUAAGACAACAAAUAUAAAUAUCCUAUUCAUGUACCUGCAACGAUACAAAUAAAUCUUUAUUUUAUUGUCA